CUUUAGAGACGGCAAAUAAUGGACAACUUUCAAUUUAUCGUACACGGUGCACCUUAUAUCGAUAUAAUGUCUAAUUGUUUUUAGUAACACUCAUAAAAACCCUACAGGCUACAACUCGCGAAUUAAAAUAUAUUACCAAAAUCGCUUCAAUUUUCAUGUUUACCGCUAACCACGAUUUAAGAUAGUAUACUACCCAUGCUAUCUAAAGUAUAUAAAUUGUGCCACAUCAAUUGCCAUUGUAAUCGAUCAUACCAAAAUAUCGAUGUUAUUGUUAAAUCGAUAUAUUGUUGCCGCCUGGCCGGCAUCUGCAGUAUCAUACUACGUAUUAUCACGCGUUCUUACUUUCGUAGUUUGUACAUUUUCAACAUUGUUAUUCCAUAAUUAUUUUAUACUUUAAGCAGACUGUGACUUUAUUAAUGCAUCACGAUUAUAUCGCUAGACCACAAAAACAGGAAGUUUAAACAUUUUUCACAAUGAACAGUACGAAAAUAAAACUUUUGAUUUCUUACAAACAUUACUCUCCGUCACUGUUGUGUAAUUUCCAAAAACUAAACCAUCAUCACAUAUUUUCAUCGUCUCUCGCUUAUUCUACAUUAAGUAGUAAACGUUUCUUUAAUCACUUUGUCAAACCACUGAAUCCUUAUAGCUAUAAAAGUAUACAUACCACAAGCUAUUUAAAUAAUAAAAAGGAUUUUUAUAACAUAUUAGGAGUACCGAAAAACGCUUCUCAAAAAGAAAUUAAGAAAGCUUAUUAUCAACUCGCUAAAAAAUUUCAUCCAGAUACCAAUAAGGGAGAUCCUAGUGCUAGCAAAAAAUUUCAAGAAGUUUCUGAUGCAUACGAAGUGUUAGGAGAUGAAAAAAAAAGAAGUACAUAUGACACAUGGGGAUCUAAUGGUAAUCCAAACCAUAUGGGUGGGCCUGGAGGAGGUACAGGAAAUGAUAAUUUCCAAAAUGCAUGGAGUUACCAAUCUAAUGUAGAUGCUGAAGAAUUAUUUAGGAAAAUAUUCAAUCAAAGUGGGUUUGGAAAUAAUAAUUCCUUUGAUGAAGAUUUUGCGGAUUCAAAAUUUGGAUUUGGAGCUGCUGAAGAAAUCGUUGUUAAAUUAACAUUUGAACAAGCUGCUCGAGGUGUGAACAAAGAUUUAUACAUAAAUGUGGUUGAUAUUUGUCCCAAAUGCCGUGGUUCUCGGUGUGAACUAGGAUAUAAAGCAACAACAUGUACUCAUUGUAAUGGAACCGGAAUGGAAACUGUCUCAAGAGGCCCCUUUUUAUUGAAGUCAACAUGUAGACAGUGUCAAGGAACUAGAGUUAUUAUAAAAAAUCCAUGUAUAGAAUGUCACGGGAAAGGAAGCACUGUACAACGUAAAAAUGUAACAGUACCAGUUCCAGCAGGAAUUGAAGACGGUCAAACUAUUAGAAUUUUGGUCAACAGAAAUGAAGUUUUUGUUACUUUCAAAGUGGAAAAAUCUGAUUAUUUUAAAAGAGAUGGUUCUGAUAUCCACACAGAUGCUAAAAUUUCUAUAUCUCAAGCAUUAUUAGGAGGAUCUAUUAGAGUUAGAGGCAUUUAUGAUGACCACACAGUGCAGAUUGCUCCCGGUACUAGUUCACACACCAAAAUUAGAUUAUUCAAACAAGGAAUGAAAAGAGUGAAUUCCAAUUUACUUGGUGACCAUUAUGUUAAUAUUAAAAUAGAUGUUCCUAAGUCACUAACAAAGAAGCAGGAAGCAUUGAUUAAAGCUUAUGCAGAGCUUGAAGAAAAUACACCUGGAACAAUAAAAGACUUAAAUCAUAAAAAAGAUGGUAGUAAAUCAUUUGAUCAAGAAUCGUCAGAAAAAAAAAAUGUUAGAUGAUUUACGAUCUGCAUUAGGAAACAAAAAUGAUAUUUAAAGCUUAUUUAUUAUUUGUGUUAUAAAAGAAAUUAUAAUGUCAUUGUGUAAUUAUCUUAUACACAUUUUAAAAUACAUUAUUUGUUUUUCAAUAUUACAAAUAGUUCACAUAGUUUUUGUGAUGUAUAAUGUAAUUGUUGCAUUAAUGAUUAUGUGUAUAACU